AUGCAAUUCAACAUUUUGGACUUAGAGAUAUUUCGCGCACUCGCACCGCGAGCCUCUUUAGUCUUCCCCCUAACGCUCCAAACUACUUCCUAACACUCGUACUGUGUCUCGUGUACUCACUGGUUGCCGAUCCAGUCCCCUCUCGAGACACACGACUUAACACACACCACUGCCUCGGCGCUUCACCCGUUCGGCUGUACAGCUUGGCUUACGGUCGCGCCCGAACUUCGCUCCAAACUCGACCCGAAGGCGGUUCGCGUUCUUUUCACCGGCUACGACCUGGCUUCAAAAGCCUUUCGCUUCUACGACACUACGACACAGAAGAUUAUACUUGGCAGAAAUGCCACGUUCCUCGACACUGACUUCCCUGGAUUACAUGGCGACCCCACCGAGCAAGACGACGACACGCACUUCGCCAGUGCUCCCACCACCGAAUCUCAAGCCGUUGUCAAGACAUGGGCCCCACUAGUAAGGUCGGCGCACAUGGACAUCUCAUCCCCCCUUGAUGAUUCUGCCAUGAGCGCCGUUGACGUGGCCCCAGGGUACACUGGCGGAACCUUACUUAACUUCACAGAUGCCGAAUCGUCCUCGUCACCGUCGCCCGUGCCGUCCUCGUCACCGUCGCCUGCACUUUCACCGUCGUCGGCUGCGUCAUCGUCACCCUCGGCCUUACCGACCGACUCUGAAGACUCCGCCGAUCCCCUCGACCUCCUCGGCUCACAGCCCCAGGUUCGCCUCGAUCUACAGGACGUGCACCGCCCAGACUUCAGCACGUACCACGAGCCCACAUCGGCUGAGGAGUCGCCCGACGAACUCGACCUCAUUGGGCGCCACUCUCGCGACGAAUCUCCGGACGAAAUCGAUUUCCUCACCCGACACCACCGCGCCUUCAUCGCCACCGACGACGACACCUCUGACACAGAGGGAAUUCAGCCAGUCAAGUCCAUCACGAGCGACCCACAGACCUGGCGCGAGGCAAUGUCUAGCGACAAGCGUGAAGUAUGGGCCAAAGCCGCCACCGACGAGUUCACCUCCAUGCGCGACGACUUCAAGGUCUUCACUAUCGAGGACCGAGCCACGGUGCCCGCGGGUGCGACUAUCGUUACAUCCAAGUUCGUCUGGAAAACGAAACGGAACGCACUCGGCGAAGUCACUGGACACAAGGCAAGGCUGGUCGCGCAAGGCAAUCGGCAACGCGACGGCAUCGACUUCAACGAAACGUUCGCACCGGUCGCACGCUUCUCCUCGAUACGCUCACUCCUCGCGCUGGCGGCCGCCAACGGCUUGCACGUGCACCAGGCGGACAUCGACAAAGCAUAUCUGCAUGGCGACCUUGACCACGACAUCUGGAUGACGGCACCGCGCGGCUUCGACCUUCCCAGCGACAAGGUGCUUCACCUGCGACGCUCCAUCUACGGGCUCAAACAGGCUGGUCGAAUCUGGAAUCGACACAUCGACGCUUCGCUUCGGGCCCUCGGUUACACGGCGACGGGCACCGACCACUGCGUAUACUCUCGCCUCGAUGAUCGUCAAUGUCCACACUACAUCGCACUGUACGUCGACGACCUCCUGAUGAUCAGCCCGGACCUGGCCGAAAUCGAACGUGUCAUCUCAGGCCUGGAACAACGCUACGGAGUCAAGCGCCUCGGCCCGGCCGAGUAUAUCCUCGGCAUCCAGAUCAGGCGGUUCGACGACGGCUCUAUCGCCCUAUCCCAGGAACGGUACAUCAUGGACGUGCUCGCUCGGUUCCACUUCGACACCACGACUCGCGGCACUACAGUUCCGAUGACUCCCGGCCUUUCGCUCACUGCUAUCCCGGGUCAAGGCACCGAACGGAUCAGGUCAUGGUAUCUGCAGGCUAUCGGCUCGCUCCUCUACAUUUCGCUCGGCACCCGCCCUGACAUCGCCUUCGCCGUGUCCUACCUGGCCCGCUUCGCCAACAACCCCGGUCGUCGUCAUUGGAUCACGGUCCAGCACAUCCUACGCUAUCUCCGGGCCACGUAUCGCAACGAACUCGUGUAUGCUCGCGGCCAGGCUCGCAUCACGGGUGUGGUAGGCUACUCCGACGCGAACUGGGGGGCCUGCAUCGACACAUUGGUGUCCACCAUGGGCUACGUCUUCUACAUCACUGGCUCGGCUGUGUCCUGGUCGUCCAAACGCCAGUCUCGAGUUGCCGAUUCGACCACUGACGCUGAAUACCUCGCCCUCUCGCAUGCUGGCAAGGAAGGGAUUUACCUCAGUCAGCUGCUCGAAGAGCUCCAUGUCCAACCUGUUGCACCGGCUCACAUCUUUACUGACAACAAAGCCGCUGCUGCAGUUGCUCACGAUCCUGUCCGCGUCUCUGGCACUCGGCACAUACGCUUGCGCGAGCACUUUGUUCGGGACAUGGUGAAUCGGGGCGACAUCUCUCUCUCGCAUGUGGGUACCAGCGACAUGGUGGCCGACAUCUUCACCAAGGCUCUCGGCCCAAAGGUCUUCUCAACGCACUGCUACGCCCUCGGCCUUCGCACUCGACACCCGCGGCUUGGGUCUGCCUCGCAUUCGCGUGGGGGGGGGGUGUGA